AUGAACACUACGAGUCAACCUUCAACUACAAAUUUGAUGACACUUCAUAGAACCAAUGGAUCCUAUUCUGAAUGCCUCCCCAUUCAUGAAUACAGUACAUUUGUGUAUGUUGUUAUUGCCAUUAUUUCUGUGAUUUCUGUUACGGCAUUUUGCACAAACUUGGUUAUCAUUUGCACAAUUGGAAUGACACAAUCCCUACAAACACCUUCAAAUAUCUUAAUCCUUAAUCUAGCAAUCUCUGAUCUUUUAGGUGGACUUUUCUGUCAACCUUUUUAUUGUGCCUUUAAGUUUUCUGAAAUGAUUUGUGACACUGAGCUGCUUCUGCUAACCAGAACAAUGUACGAUGCUAUAGUGUGGAUUGUUUCGCCAGUUUCAUUUAUGAUAGUUGUAGCAAUAAUUGCAGAUCGAUUCCUAGCUAUUCAGCUUCAUUUGAGAUACCAAGAACUUGUCACAACUCGACGAUAUGCUCUAGCAUUGUCUUUUAUUUGGGUACUAAGUUUUAUAUUUAGCUUGUGCAAGGCAAUGUUUUAUAGCAUUAGCCUACAUGUUGUGGUAAUCAUCUUCUUAACUUGCUUAAUAUUUAUAGCAUUAUAUUUUCUUUCUGUGAUUUUUCGAGUCAUCCGGCGACACUCAUUGCAGAUCCAAGUCCAACAGCAAUCAGUACAACAGUCUAUAGACAUGCCCAGAUACAAGAAAUCCGUCAACACUAUGUACUAUGUGAUUGGUGGGUUUGUACUGUGUAACGUGCCAAUUGUUGGAGCAAUUACGACACAUCUUAUACUAGGCAAAAUAUCUUUGACACUGAUCUUCUUUUACACCAUCUCAGAGACAUUGUUAAUGUUAAAUGGUGUGGUUAAUCCCAUUAUUUAUUGUUGGAGAAUCCAGGAAAUACGAAACGCUGCUCGACAUUUGCUGAGUAAAAUAUGCACGAGAGGCUAA